ACUUUUUAUCUUUGUGUAGAUAUGUCUGCUGCCAGCUGUCUGAGACCUGAAGAUCAGUUUCUGUGCUCCAUCUGUCUGGAUGUAUUCACUGAUCCAGUCACCACACCAUGUGGACACAACUUCUGCAAAAACUGCAUCAAUGAACACUGGAACAGUGAUGACCAGUACCUGUGUCCAAUGUGUAAAAAGGUUUUCAACUCAAGACCUGAGCUUCACAUCAACACCUUCAUGUCUGAAAUGGUUUCUAAGUUCAGACAGGAAGCUCAACAGAAAGCCAGCAGCAGCAGCUCAGAGCAUCAAGCUGCCAAACCAGAAGUUCCCUGUGACGUCUGUACUGGAACCAAACUGAAGGCCCUGAAGUCCUGUUUGGUGUGUCUGACCUCCUACUGUGAGACUCACCUGGAGCCUCAUCUGACAGCUUCACGUCUGAAAAGACAUCAGCUGAUCGACCCUGUGGAGAACCUGGAAGACAGGAUGUGUAUGAAGCACGAUAAACCUCUGGAGCUGUUCUGUAAGACCGACCAGACAUGUGUCUGUGCACUCUGCUCUGUUUUAGACCACAAGACACAUGAGUUUGUUCCUCUGAAAGAAGAAUAUGAAGGAAAGAAGGCAGAGCUGGGGAAGACAGAGGCUGAAAUUCAGGAGAUGAUCCAGAAGAGACGACUGAAGAUUCAAGAGAUCAAACACUCAGUUGACCUCAGUGAGGAAGCUGCAGACAGAGAGAAAGCAGAAGGUGUUCAGGUCUUCACCGCUCUGAAGGAGUCUGUUGAGAGAAGCCUGAAUGAGCUCAUUGAGACGAUUGAAGAGAAGCAAAGAACAACAGAGAAACAGGCUGAAGACUUCAUCAAAGAGCUCGAACAGGAAAUCUCUGAGCUGAAGAAGAGAAGCUCUGAGGUGGAGAAGCUCUCACACUCUGAAGAUCACCUCCACCUCCUCCAAAACGUCCUUUCCCUGAAAGCUGCUCCACCCACCAAAGACUGGACAGAGGUCAGUGUCCGUCCACCAUCAUAUGAGGAGACUGUGGUGAAAGCUGUGGCUCAGCUGGAGGAGACGCUCAUUAAAGAAAUGAAGAAGCAGUUUGAAGCUCAGUUGAAGAAGGUCCAGCAGUAUGCAGUGGAUGUGACUCUUGAUCCUGAUACAGCAAAUCCUGAGCUCAGUCUGUCUGAUGAUGGGAAACAAGUAAACCAUGGUGAUGUGAAAAAGAAUCUCCCAGACAACCCGAAGAGAUUUUCCUACUGUGUGAGUGUGUUAGGAAAGCAGAGUUUCUCUUCAGGCAGAUUUUACUUUGAGAUUCAGGUUAAAGAGAAGACUGAGUGGAAUUUAGGAGUGGCCAGAGAGUCGAUCAAACGGAAGGGACAAAUCAAACUGAAACCUCAGGAUGGUUACUGGACUAUUAAUAGUCCUCCAGUCGAUUUCUCUCUGAAGUCUCAGCCUCAGAAGGUGGGGGUGUUUGUGGAUUAUGAGAAGGGUCUGUUGUUACUGAAUCAGAUGAGGAAGUUGAGAGGUGUGUGCAGUCAGUCCCUGCCUUUAUCAACCUGUCCUCUCUCUGAUGUGUGCUGUUAUGCUGCCCUCUGCUGGACACAGGAGGGAAACACAGACAACUUGUACAAACCUCAAUGA